AUGGACGAUGGUCCUGCUUUCUAUGGCUUUAAAAACAUUUUUAUUACAAUGUUUGCUACCUUUUUUUUCUUCAAACUUUUAAUCAAAGUUUUUUUGGCUCUCCUAACCCAUUUCUAUAUCGUCAAAGGAAAUAGGAAAGAAGCGGCUAGGAUAGCAGAAGAGAUCUAUGGAGGAGUUUCAGACUGCUGGGCUGACCGAUCCCCACUUCAUGAAGCUGCAGCCCAGGGUCGUUUGCUGGCCCUCAAAACUCUAAUUGCACAAGGUGUCAAUGUGAACCUUGUGACAAUUAACCGGGUUUCUUCUCUCCACGAGGCGUGCCUUGGAGGUCACGUGGCCUGUGCGAAAGCCUUAUUGGAAAAUGGUGCACACGUCAAUGGCGUGACAGUCCAUGGAGCCACGCCCCUCUUCAAUGCUUGCUGCAGCGGCAGUGCUGCGUGUGUCAACGUGCUGCUGGAGUUUGGAGCAAAGGCCCAGCUUGAGGCGCACCUGGCUUCCCCCAUCCACGAGGCCGUGAAGAGAGGUCACAGAGAGUGUAUGGAGAUUCUGCUGGCAAAUAACGUUAACAUUGACCAAGAAAUACCUCAGCUCGGAACUCCCCUGUAUGUUGCCUGCACCUACCAGAGGGUAAACUGUGUGAAGAAACUUCUAGAAUUAGGAGCUAACGUUGACCACGGCCAAUGGUUGGACACCCCCCUGCAUGCGGCAGCACGGCAGUCCAGUGCGGAGGUCAUCCACCUGCUGACAGACUAUGGGGCAAACCUGAAGUGCAGAAAUGCUCAAGGGAGAAGCGCACUCGAGCUGGCAGCUCCUAGAAGCAGCGUGGAGCGGGCGCUCCUGCUCCGGGAAGGCCCACCUUCUCUUUCCCAGCUCUGCCGCCUGUGUGUCCGGAAGUGCUUGGGCCGAGCCUGUCAUCAAGUCAUCCACAAGCUACAUCUGCCGGAGCCACUGGAAAAAUUCCUGCUAUACCAAUAG